UCGAUUCGAUUGAAUGACCUGCUUUAAAUCUCGCAAUCCCACAUUCUUUGAGGUUCAGCUUCGUUCGAAUAACCCUAUACUACGGCCGAAGGGAUAAAAACAGCGGCCAUGGCAGAAUAAGAGAGCACCGCCAUAUUCCAUCACAAUCGCAACCGUUCUGAGCAACACCCUCGAGCACACGGAGAAAAGACGACAACUGAAGACCAACCAUGAGCUCCGGUGAAUGCCAAACGUCGAACCGUGGUGAUUACGAUGAUGAGGAGAAAGACGAUGCCCCUCCUCCUCUCGAUGAAGGCGAUAUUGCGUUGCUAAAGAGCUACGGAUUGGGUCCUUACAGCACCAAGAUCAAGACAUUGGAAGAGGAAAUCAAGACGCAUCAACAAACCGUCAAAGAUCUUAUUGGUAUCAAGGAAAGCGACACUGGACUGUCGCCGCCUUCCAUGUGGGAUUUAGUUGGAGACAAACAAAUGAUGAGCGAGGAGGCUCCUUUGCAAGUAGCACGCUGCACCAAAAUUAUUGCAGGUGAAUCUGAGAACAACAAUAGCGGCGAUGGCGCUGGAGGCAUGGGUGGAAUGAACUCAUCCAACGCUGCUGGCAGUAAAUAUGUGAUCAAUGUCAAGCAAAUUGCCAAAUUCGUGGUUGGGUUGGGUGAAAAGGUUGCCCCUACCGACAUUGAAGAAGGAAUGCGUGUGGGUGUGGAUCGAUCCAAGUAUUCCAUCCAAAUCCCAUUGCCUCCCAAAAUCGAUCCUACAGUCAGUCUCAUGACGGUAGAGGACAAACCAGAUGUCACCUAUGAUGAUGUAGGAGGAGCCAAAGACGCUAUGGAGAAAUUACGUGAAGUUUUGGAGCUUCCCUUGCUUCAUCCAGAACGGUUUGUCACUCUGGGUAUCGACCCUCCCAAAGGAGUUUUGCUCUACGGGCCUCCAGGCACUGGAAAGACGCUGAGUGCUCGUGCUGUGGCCAACCGUACAGAUGCUUGUUUCAUCCGAGUCAUUGGAUCAGAGCUCGUUCAGAAGUACGUUGGAGAAGGAGCCAGAAUGGUGCGAGAACUCUUUACCAUGGCUCGAUCCAAGCGAGCUUGUAUUGUAUUCUUCGAUGAGAUUGAUGCUAUUGGUGGAGCUCGUACUGGAUCCGAUGAGAAUGGAAGCGACAAUGAGGUGCAACGUACAAUGCUUCAAAUCGUUACGGAGUUGGAUGGUUUCGAUGCCCGUGGUAACAUCAAGGUAUUGAUGGCUACCAAUCGACCCGACACCUUGGACCCUGCUUUGCUGCGUCCCGGUCGUUUGGAUCGAAAGGUCGAAUUCGGUCUCCCUGAUUUGGAAGGUCGUGGACACAUCUUGAAAAUCCAUUCCAAGCGAAUGAAUUGCGACCGUGACAUUCGUUUUGAACUUAUUGCUCGUCUCUGCCCCAAUACAACCGGAGCAGAAUUGCACAGUGUUUGUACCGAAGCUGGAAUGUAUGCAAUCCGCGCUCGCCGAAAGAGUGUCAGUGAGAAGGACUUCCUUGACUCGGUCAACAAGGUCGUCAAGGGGUACAAGAAGUUCAGUUCCACACCAAAGUACAUGGUCUAUAACUAGCUUGGAUAAACACAGGAAUAACCCACCAUACUGUAUUUCACCGAAAGGACAGUUAUAGCCUUCAUGUACCAUACGAUUUAUUAAGCCGAGUUCUAGACUGUUGCUUUCUUCUUGCCAAAUUGUGCCAAACUGAUGUCCUCGACAAACUUUACUUGGUACA